AUGAUGUCAGACGCUGAAAAGGACCAUGGAUCGUCUUCUCUACAAAGUGUUGCACAUGGUGAAUUGGAAUACCAGGCUCCUGCAAGUCGCGAAUCGAGAUACCAAAAAUGGGCGCGAAGCAUCAGAGGCCUGGAGACCCGUGGUAUUGAGCCUGUUCCCCUGCACGAACGCCUCGAUCCCAGCGCAGCAGGCCUACUCCACAUGCUGCUCAUAUGGUUUAGUAUGGGAAUGUCUCUAAACAAUAUCGUGGUAGGAUCCUUAGGGACAUUGGUCAUGCAGCUUAGCUUCUCCGACGCCAUCCUUUGCGCCAUUUUUGGAAACCUCCUGGGAGGCAUGGCAGUUGGCUGGAUGAGCACCUGGGGCCCCCGGAGUGGACAUCGAACACUUAUCGUGGCGAGAUAUUUCAUGGGCUACCACCCCAGCAAAAUCUGCUGUUUAUUGAACAUAUUGACAAACUUGGGUUAUGGAAUGAUGAACAGUAUGGUUGGGGGGCAAUUGCUGGCUAAGUUAUCUGGCGGCACUGUCUCCGUUAUUGUCGGCAUUGUCAUUGUCGCGCUUGCCAGUUGGGCCAUGGCAACCUUCGGAAUGCGUAUUUUCCAACUCUAUGAAAGAUUUGCCUGGCUACCCCAACUGAUAAUCCUCUGCGUUCUCACCGGUUCGGCUGGUCCAUAUUUUGAUUUCCACAGUCCAUCUGUUGGAUCCUUGGAGCAAAUAAAUUGGGCAGACAUAUACGAUGGAACUCCGGGAGGACUGCUCAUGGCGGGUUACUCGAGGCUGGGAGUCUUCGGCAAGAUUUGCGCUGCCAUAAAUGUUGUGACAGUCGUUUCCAAUAAUGCCCCUGGCUGUUACUCCAUGGCCAUGAAUUUCCAGAUGAUCGGAGACAUGUGGGCGAAGAUUCCCCGGCCUGUCUUCACCGUGCUCAGUACCAUUACCUACGCAGUCUGUGCGAUUGGAGGUCGCAAUUCUUUAUAUGAGAUUUUCAAGAACUUUCUACCACUGAUCGGAUACUGGGUUAUUAUCUGGUUCACGAUCGUUGCAGAGCAAGAUUUGUUCUUCAAUCAGAGAGAUUUUGACUGGUCUGCAUGGAAUGUUCGCCCGAAACUACCCGUAGGAAUGGCUGCUAGUGUGGCUUUCCUGGUCGGGUGGGUAGGGGCUAUCAUUGGGAUGAGCCAGGUCUAUUACACCGGCCCGAUUGCACAAGCAAUCGAGGGUGGCUGUGAUUUAGGAAUCUGGCUUGGAUUUGGGUUCACGGCUGUCAUAUUCCCACUGCUGAGGAUACUAGAGCUUAGGAUUAUUGGCCGCUGA